AUGCCCCCGUCUGGAUUCUACACCGGAUAUCUAGAGAAAAAACACAAAUGUAACUGGAAAUGCUACCUUCCUAACAACAAUUGCAAAUUGAGGCAAAUAAAACCAGUUCCGAAUUUGACUCGUCUCUUGGAGGAGUCGAGGCUCACGAAUUCAUUGAGCAGGCUCCGUGAUGUUUUCAAGAAAAAGUCGUCUCCGUGUGAAACUGAUGUGAACAGCAAUGCUGAGCACAUUGGUGGCGAAUCAAUUUGGGGUAAAAUUCAGCGUAUGUCAGUUUCCAAUUGCCAGAAUCGAAUGAAGGGCGGAAGAGACGGAACAAGAGAUGUUGAUAAACCAAUCUAUAACUCUUGCCUCGAAUGCUUUGCCAUUUCAGUUUGCCAGGCUCUUCUUGCCUGCCCUCCAUUUGUGAGAUAUGUCAAGGAGAAAAUUGCAGAAACCAAAUUGGACAUGCAUAUGAAGUCGCUAGUUGCACAAUUUGCUGCUCAUUCUAUUCCAGCUGCCGGUUCAGGAGACUGGCCUCGUGUUUCAAUUUCAAAGCUGCUUAAUAGUAUUCCAGGAGGAUUUAAUGGAAAGUGCCGUGAAGAUGCUGAAGACUGGUAUAGACAACUUUCCAAAGAGUUUUACGACGAGACAUUUGGACAAGUUUCCGCUUAUUACAAAACCGUCUGCCACGAGUGUGGCAAAUGCAGAGAAAUAAAUGAUAAAAGUCCUAGAGUUCAACUGAGAUGCCCAGAUCUUGAGAUUACAGCUGCGAACAUUGAGUCCAUGCUGGCGGUAACUGGAAAUGAAAUCGUUACGUGGGAGCAUGACGGAUGUGAAAACACGACAUGUAGAGAAACCACUAGAUACGAAUUUCCUGAUGUCAUCCUCGUCUCCGUGGACACUUUCCAAGAUGGCAAUAGACAUAUCGGAAAGGAGCUGGAGUUCUUUCCAACUGAAGAUUUUUCACCAAUUUCGGUAAACAACGACGAGCCUGACAUAUUUCACCUUGGUGGUGUCAUCUACUUCAGAACGUUCAAUUGUUUUCGCGAUGAGAGCAGCGGUCACUAUAUGGCACGUGUUUAUCAUCACGGGAAUGUGUUUCUGGCGGAUGACAACAGAAUUUACGAGCAGAACAUCAACAGACCAACGGAACCAGCCAACUCGGUUCCAUAUUUUGCGUUCUACUACAGACAGCGUCGUGCUGGGCGUUUCUAA